AUGAUAUUUACGGAGACGCGCCGGCCGCUUGCCCCGCCGUUGCAUCGCUUUGACGAGAUUCCUCGGCUGGGUUUCCUCCGCCCGUUUGCCAGCAUCGCAGCCAACCUCCUCGACGGCACCCCUCGCGUCACCAUUGUCGGCCUCGAGAAUGUCAAUCAGAAGGCUCUGCGCAAGCACUCGUCGACCCUCCGACAGCCCGACGGGUAUCUCGGCAUUCUCGCCCCAGCUAUUGAGUCCAUUCGGCGGUCACGCACUAUCUACCCUCGCAGUAGGCAGCAGUUGACACUGGUCGGUAUCGAGGGUAUCCCUGUACACCUGAUGGGGCUGCACACUGGUACAACGUACGAGGAGGCUUUGGUUCAUAUCCGCAACGCAAUCAGGUCGCGGUCGCCAUCAAAACCCAAGAACACAUUUAUGGCCAUCGGUUUCCAAACACUGGACGAGAGACGUGCCACACUUGGUGUGGAAGAGUUUUUGCUUGAGACAGAGUACCUCCAGUGCUGGGAACGUGCCACAUGA